AUGGUUUCCGGACUGCUCUUCUGUUGCCUUCUAGCCAUUACGGCGGCUAACCCCGUCCGUCUGGAUAAUGACACAGCGCCUUACCAGAUCCACGGCGUUCAGGACAUCGUUAAUGGGUUUGAUUCCAAGUACGGAGAUUUUAACUCCAUUCUCUCCCUGCAAAGAUCUGGCUACCCCGUGUGCGGCGCUACGCUGAUCAGCGCAACCAGGGCGAUCACUGCAGCGCAUUGUCUAAAUGAUCAUCCACAGUUUCAACGACAUAACUACGGGAAAAAUGACAUUGCAAUCCUGAAGUUUGACGCUAUUCCAUUAGGAACAUACGUGCAGCCUAUUGCGAUGGUCACUGAUGCGGACGGAGAUCUGACAGACAAGUUAUGCUGGAUUGCUGGUUGGGGAAGAACUUCCGCUAACCCCGUCCGUCUGGAUAAUGACACAGCGCCUUACCAGAUCCACGGCGUUCAGGACGUCGUUAAUGGGUUUGAUUCCAAGUACGGAUAUUUUAACUCCAUUCUCUCCCUGCAAACUUCUGGCUACGCCGUUUGCGGCGCUACGCUGAUCAGCGCAGCCAGGGCGAUCACUGCAGCGCAUUGUCUAGAUGAUCAUCCACAGUAUCAACGAUAUAACUACUGGAAAAAUGACAUUGCAAUCCUGAAGUUUGACGCUAUUCCAUUAGGAACAUACGUGCAGCCUAUUGCGAUGGUCACUGAUGCGGACGGAGAUCUGACAAACAAGUUAUGCUGGAUUGCUGGUUGGGGAAGAACUUCCGGUACCGCUCAAGGUGGAUCGCGAAAACUGAAGUUCUCUGAUAUAAAAGUAAUGCAGAACAACGAUUGCAGCAAUCAUUGGAAUGGCAUUACUGACACGAACAUUUGUCUGGAAUAUUUCCAGUACAAAGUAUCCGCGUGUCAGGGUGACAGCGGCGGUCCGUUAACCUGUCUGCUACCCGACGGAGAGAAGUUCGCUGGGGUCACCUCCUGGGGGCACAGGGAUUGUCCUGGAACAAAACCCAGUGUAUACACCCGGGUCUCUAAAUACCAAGAUUGGAUCGCCCAGAACAUCUAA